ACCAAUUAAAUCAUAAUUAAAAAAUUUAAUACGACACUACGAUUAAAUAUGAAACAAUGUAGCAACUAAUAAUUGUAUGUAAAAAUUCUAUAUGUAAAAAUGUGAAAAUAAUCGAAAAUAAUGAACAUUCAUGUAGUAAAUUCGAGGUGGCAAUCGCGCACACUUGUCACGUGCUUAUGUAAUGGUCGUGUAGGCUAACUUUAUUUACCUUCACAUUUUAAUGCAGUUGUUAAUUGGGUGAAGUGGCAAAAAAAUAAAAAUUCCAGUCAUUAUUAUCAGUUAAAUAGUAGUGCUAUAAUUUAAUGUGGUUGAACGUUUUAUGCUAAAUUACUUCGCUAAAUAUGGAGACGGAACUAGAUAAAGUAUGCACUAUACUAGAUAAAUUAACUCUAGAUUCCGUAACACUAAUACAAGAAACAAUUGGAUUAAAAGUUUGUGUAGAAAAUUCAAUGAGCGAUGGAGAGCUACACUUGGCAAAAGCAAGAUACAUUAUGGGACACAAUCAAGUUUCAGCCCUGCAGUUACCUACCGAAAAUAGUACAAAUAUAGAUCCGUUAGUUGUAGUUAAUCGUGACAGUGAAGACCUCACAAAAGAUAAUGUAUUUGACUUAGAAUACAAAAAUGACACUGCACAUGGCAAUUCCAAUAUAGUAAAUCCGAUAAAGUGGUUUGGUGUAUUAGUUCCUCAGAAUCUUCAUCAAGCUCAAGCAAAAUUUAGGCAGGCUAUAGUUUGGAUAGCAAAAUGUGCUAGUUUGCAAGUGCAAUUACAUCAAAACUGCAGUGACAUUCAACAUCUUAGGACUUAUAAGAAUACACUAAAAGAAAAGGUGGAAGAAUAAGAUGAACUGUUUAUUUGUUUUGUUAUGCAAUAGUAUUAUGUGUUAUAUUAAAUUAAUUAAUUCAGCCAUCACUGCAUUUUAUUUUCACAAGUUUUCAUAAUAGGUUAUUAGUUCUUUUGUACAGUAGUUCGAAUGGUGAAAGGUAUUGAUUUUGUCUACACCGUUGCCAAACGUAGUGUGUCCGAUUUACUGAUUAUCGCGCGUAAUAUAAAUUGAUUAAAAAAAUCGGAAGAUAUGUUGAAGGAAAACAAAAUAGAUUAUAGCUCAUUAACUAAAAUUUUUGUUCUAUAAGUAAUGGUUUCCGAUAGAAAACGUUUCAAUAUAAUACAUUCAUUACAAAUUGACAAGCAACUAGCAAUUUUUUAUUCAUUUAAUUAUAAACAAGAAUGCUUUAAAAAUCUAAAGGUAAUUUAACUUUUAAAUAAUUUGUGAACACGAAUUGAAAGUUUGCACAGGCGCUGUUUUGAUGAUGAAUGAAAAGGCUCGUAACUUUGGAAGUAUAAUAUCAGAUACUCCCACACGAUAAAGCUCGUACCUAAUACAAAAUUGUUUCAAAGCUUCGACUACCUUUUUGUUAGUCGUUUGCAGUUUAAUAGUGUUAGAUUUCUCCUAUGUGACAUCACAAAAUGCAGACAUCGAAUCUGCAAAGACGAAGCAGACCAUCGAUCAGCUUCACGUCAUAAAAAAUGUUUUUUCUACCAAGAAUUUCUAUUUAUUCUAAUAAUUUUAGAUACUGCGGAAAUAGGCAAUGGAACCUCAAAUUUACGUCCAAGAAAAAGGUCUAGCCCCGCUAGUGGGAUGGUCAUCUUUCUCCUCGUCUCUAGAUCCUAGUCCCGACAGAAAUUAUGACCACGGAUAUUCUCAAAAGAAAUUUUUGAAAAAUCCAAAAACGAAACUACGAUCUUUUCAAAAUCGAAGCAACAACGAAACAAAAGAAAAACUAUUGACUAGAAAUAAGAACGAAAUUGGGAAGACAAUAAAAGAAAAUUGCACAAGCGAAAAUAAACACAAUCAAAAGCCUAAAAUUCCAGAUGGGGGUUGGGGAUGGGUUAUAGUGUUUUCUUCAUUUCUAAUGUCAAUGAUCGCUGAUGGCAUAUGUUUCACAUUCGGUAUUUUGUAUGUGGAAUUCCUUGAGGAAUUCGGUGCGUCCAAUUCAGUAACGUCAUGGAUCGGGAGUCUGUUCGUAUCUGUACCAUUACUAACGGGUCCCAUAAUGAGUGCCCUGGUGGAGCGUUUCGGAUGCAGAGUAAUGACGAUAGUGGGUGGAAUCAUUUCAGCCGUGGGAUUUUUGUUAAGCUCGUUCGCAGACUCGAUAGCACUCAUGUACCUAACAUUCGGUGUCAUAUCGGGUUUAGGUCUUGGGGUGUGCUAUGUGACUGCAGUUGUAUCAAUCGCUUAUUGGUUUGACAAAAGGAGGACUUUGGCUGUGGGACUUGGUGCCUGUGGUACCGGCGUGGGCACGUUUAUAUACGCGCCCCUAACUCAAUAUCUGAUCGAGGAACUCGGAUGGAGGGGUACCAUGAUUAUUUUAGCGGGCACUCUACUAAAUAUUUGCGUUUGUGGCAUGCUAAUGAAGGAACCUGGGUGGGUUAUAAUGGAACAGAAAGGUUCGAAUGCGAAAACUAGUAAGUACACUUCCAGUGCACAAUCGCUGUCACGGAAAAGCGAAAUUGACGCAGACUUUCCGAAUGUUGAGGAAAUUAGAAAACUGUUGAAAAGAACAGAAAAGCCCGAGUAUAUUUUACAAACUUUGGCAACAUUCAUGGAGUCCCCUAGUGACAAUAACAUUUCUACGAAUAAGUUUAGCAGAUCUGUUGUUAAUAUUCCUACGUUCAUUAAAAAAAGUGAGAAGGUUCCCUUAGAAGUUUUAGAACAAUUAAGCGCGAACAAAAGACUGUACAACGUUAUUUUCGAAAACUACCCCACUCUUUUGACAUGCCGAAGCACUUCCGAAAAAAGUCUGACAACAGUUAUCGACGAGUCGAGCAUUCUUCCACCAACCGUUCCAAUAACUAUGACAAUGAAACUUAAAUUAGCCGAUAAGGAAUUGCAAAAACAAAAUAAAAAGAAGGCCGAAGAUGACGAUAUAUCCACUGAUCUUUUGGAGCGCACAAUCCCAAAUGAAAUUGUUCUUCCAAUAGCACCCCAUUACGCCUUACCCCCCGUUAGAUUAGACUCACUGCCAUUAUUAAGAAGAGAUGGAAUUAAUAUACAACAUUGUCUGCACAGUUUAAAGUUACACAAACAUUCUUUGGUCUAUCGUUGUGCCGGUUUGAGUUCGUCUAAUUACAGGCUUAUGGCUUCCAGUUGUCCUAAUAUUUAUCGAAAUUCAGCGACCAUAUUAAUAAAGAAAACAAAACAGAGAUGGUACAAAGGCAUCGUUGAAAUUUUGAAAAGCAUAAUUGAUUUUUCCCUUUUUUUGGACUUACAUUUUUUCUUGAUGUCCCUUUCGACGAUGAUCCUCUUCACUUGGUUUAUCGUGCCUUACUUUUAUUUGGUGGAACAUCUGCAAAGAAAUCGAUACACAGACUCAGAGGCGUCGGUAACAAUAUCGAUUCUGGGAGCGAGCAAUUUUGUGGGCAUGAUUGGUCUUGGUUGGGCAGGGGACAGACCGUGGAUGAACGUUUUAAAAGCGUACGCCGUUUGCCUUAUUCUAUGUGGUGUUUCGUGUGUAGCAAUUAUGGUUUUUACCGAAAAUUAUACAAUGGUUCUUGUAUUCUCGGCUUCGUUUGGAUUGUUCUUUUCUAGUACUUACUCGUUUACACCAGCUAUUUUGGUGGAACUUAUUUCACUGGAAAAUUUUACAUUUGCAUACGGACUGAUCCUUCUGUGUCAAGGAAUUGGACACCUAAUAGGACCACCCAUUGCAGGUUAUAUUUUUGACGUAACGAACACAUGGGAACAAACUUUUUGGCAAGCAGGAAUUUGGAUCGUAAUUUCCGGCAUUCUAAUUUUUUUCAUUCCUUACACUUCAAAUAAGCGAAUUUGUGGUUCUGAUACCAAAACCACCAACGACGAAUGUGUGAAAGCGUAAUAAAUAGUUCCUUAUUAACAGUAUUUUAAUUGUUGUAACAUUAAAUUCGUUAACAGCGGUAUUUCACUGCCAUUACGGUGGCGUAACCAAAAAUUUAUUUAAUCGAGUUAUCAUAUAAAUUAUUCGUAACAAAACAACCCCAUUCCCUUUUCGAAAUUAAUUAGAUUAUCAACAAAUACUUACCACAAACUGUAACACUUCCAAAUUGAUAACAAGAAUGGUUGUGAAUUACCAAAGUUUAUACAUAUAAUGUAUUUAAAUAUAUUUACUGUUUAUUAAAUUCGUAAGCUUAAUAUUAUUAUAUUCUAUUAUGUGCUAUUGUUUUUUGCCCAUUUCUGUUCAAUAAAAUAAUAACAAAAAGAAAACUUAUCUAGUAUCAUUUUAACGAUUUUUUAAAUGAGUAAAUUUGGCGCCACCAAAAGGAAUGUAAAGAAUUGAACAUACAGUAGAAUUCGUACAUUAUGACUUCGCCUAUAUUGACCAACCGCUUAAUAUGAAGUCAUU